AUGAGGAGACUGUUGCUGCUGGGGGUGACGGCCUUCUGUCUCUGUGCGUGCAUCACGGCUGACACACAGCCUGACCGACAGGGAGACAAAUCACUCCCCGAGAAGGAUGGAGUUUUACAGCUGAAGAAAGGAAACUUCAACAGAGCACUGAGAAAACACAAGCAGCUGCUGGUGCACUUUUACGCACCUCUGUCUGGAGAUGGCCAUCGAGUGUCAGCAGCUUUCGAGGGUGCUGCCGCGGAGCUUCAGGGGUCGGAGGUCAAACUGGCUAUGGUAGAUGUGUCUCAGGAAAAGGACCUGGCCAAAGAGCUGAAUGCGACAGGCCCGCCCACGCUGAGGCUGUACCUCUCUGGCGACAAACACAACCCAGUGCCCUGCCCCGUUCCAAAGAACAGCGCCUCCAUUUUGACCUGGCUGAAGAGGAGGGCGGGGUCUCCUACUGACCUCAUCACUGACCUUAGCCAAUCAGAGAGCUCAGAUGAACUGCAAGUCGUGGGAUUGUUCAAGGACCUGGACCACAACUACGUCCAGGUGUUCUAUGCCGCAGCGGUUGACCUUCCUGACGUCAGCUUUGUUGUGACCCAGGACAAAGAACUAAUCAGCAAAUACGGUGUCACAUAUGAUGUGGUGCUGCUGCUCCAAAAGUCUAAGCUCAUCCAGGCAUACAAAAUGACCCCUCAGACGUCUAAGGAGGAGCUGAUCGUCUUUAUCACCGUCUACCAGAUGGAACCGGUCACUGAAUACAAUGGACAGACAGCCAGUCAGAUUUUAACAUCCCCUGUGAUGAACCACGCCCUCCUCUUUGCCAACAAAAGCUCAGAGGACUUCAAUGAGAUCCACGCUGCCUUCUACAGUGCUGCAAAAUCCUUCAGGCUGAAGGUGUUGUUCGUGUUUGUUGAUGUGGAUGAGCCUCGUAAUGGUCGGCUGCUCGAGUACUUCCGGGUUCGGGUAUCUGAGGCUCCUCUCAUCCGACUGGUCAACCUGACAAACCAUGUGACCUACCACCUUCCCUCUGACACUCUUGACGCAGAGACCAUAAAAAAAUUCUGUCAAAGCUACCUGGAAGGAAAGGCUAAGCCCAAGAUGCAGAGCGAGCCAAUACCUGAAGGCUGGGAUGAACAGCCGGUGAAGGAGCUGGUGGGAAUGAACCUGGAAAAAGUUGCCUUCAACCCCGACAGGACUGUUUUUCUAAUGUUGUACCUCCCCUACAGUCAGAGGUCCCGUGCCCUGUUCCCACUGUGGGAGGAGCUAGCCGAGGCCUUCAAGGACCAGGAGGAAGUGGUCAUCGCGCGCAUUGAUGCCUCAGCCAAUGACAUCAACCUGGUGUUACAGGAGUCUUAUCCUGCGCUCUGCUUCUUCCCUGCACUGCAUGCUGAGAGGGUGGUGGUCUACACUGGCAAGCGGACACUGAAGGACCUGGUCAAGUUUGUAGAAAAAGAAAUGAAGAAAGCCAAAAAAGAAAGAGUGAAGGAGGAUGAAGACAGGGAGAAAUACAUUGAGGCCAUGAAAGCUGAAGAUGCAAAAAAGGCCAAUGAAACCAAAGAUGAGCUCUAA